AUGAAGUCCACAUACAGCAACAGCUCCCAAACUCAAGGGAGUGACUUGUACUUGAUAGCUGUGACCAGGAAUGUGAUUGUUGUAGCUUUGUACUUCUCCAUUAACUACAUUAAUGGCACGCUUGUCCACACUUUCUUCAAGCAUGAGAUCUUUAAUGAGAACCCUCGAUAUAUCCUUUUUAUCCAUAUGGUUGUGAACGACAUGAUCCAGCUAACUAUUACUGUGCUGCUUCAUGUCAUUGCCUACGCCUUUUAUACAAUCAAUGUCUCUUUCUGUUUCUUCCUGAUAUUGACUGCAGUGUUCACCACCCUCAACACUCCACUAAAUCUGGCCGGCAUGGCUGUGGAGCGCUACAUUGCUAUCUGUAACCCGUUACGUCACAUGCAGGUUUGCACUGUACGCAGGACAUACGUCCUAAUAGCCCUGAUUUGGGUCUUGGGUGUCCUCACCAUGCUUCCUGACCUGUUCUUUAUCCUGGCCACUGAGCCUUUAUCCUUCUUCCUUUCUACCAUCUACUGCAGUCGAGAUUCCAUGUUCCGCCAUCCAUACAUGGUGGAGAAGAGAAACAUCUCACACUUGGUUUAUGUGUCCUUCGUGUGGCUCACUUUGUUCUACACCUACUUCAGGAUCAUGUUUGCUGCCAAGGCCACCGGUGCAGAUGCCCGGAAGGCCCGCAAUACCAUCCUUCUGCAUGGCCUGCAGCUCCUGCUGUGCAUGUUCACUUAUAUUGGCCCACUAAUUGAGAGUGUGUUCAUUUCUCUCUUUCCCAUGUUUUUCAAUGAGCUCAAAUUCACAACUUACAUCUUUGUCUACAUUUUGCCCAGGUUUUUAAGUCCUGUUGUGUAUGGUUUGAGGGAUCAGAUGUUCUGUGCAUAUCUGAGAAAGUAUCUAUUGUGUAUUAUGCUGAAAGAAAGGCAUAAGCGAAAAACACAACCCUCCUAG